CAGCUCCACUUCUUUAGAUUGUCUGGGUGUGACAAGACAUGUGACACUGCCAAAAUGGCGGUCGUGGAAACCUCCUAUUUGUCAUCAAAUCUAUAUGACUCGAGGACAUUUGAUGGACAUUAUUUGUCCAAUAUACUGUACAUGUUGAUGGUUUUAAUGGCUUUUGCUAAGAAGAUAGCCAUUUUUAUCUUGCUAAAGAGUCUCAGUUAUUCCCAAAAAUGUUGUAUGUGCAUUUUGAUGUAAUACAUAGUAAAUAAACCAGAGCAGGAUCAAAUUUUUAUAUAGUUGGUAGGCCUAUAUAUCAUAACGGGCGAUCAUGUUCUGUUUAAACUUAUUCAGCAGUUAUUUCUGAAGGAACUUAUUUGAGCAGUAAAGACAUCCUUGCAGCUUUGAGUACUUUGUAUUUACUGCCAAAUUGCUGAUACAUUGCAGUGAGCACACAUUUUGUAAGCCUCAGCAUAUCAUAAGAAUUAAGACCUAGAAACUUAAUGGGUAAUGUGUCUUUGUAAGAUUUCAGUACAUUUCUUUAUUAAUUUGUCUGUGUAUUUGCUCAUCUGUUGGUGUCAAACCAACACAAACACCCCUCCUAUUUUUGUGUUUAGGUUGGGUAGACACUGGGGAGCUGUCUUAUACCCACAGAUAUCCCCAUCAGAUCUUAUCCUCUGUGCAGGAAAACAAUCAUACAUUCAGAGGUAGGACAGGCUCCGUCUGUGGAAUACCAAUGCAGGAAUAGGGCAUCUGCAAGACAAGCUCGGAAAGGCUCAAGGAAAAGGGCCUGGGGGUGAAUAGAAAAAAUACAAUUAGUAAGACUUGGAGGAAUUGUCUCAGAGGAAUGAGAGGAGCUAGAUGUCUUUGGGAUGAAUUGUGAGAGGCUGCACAAGAAGAGGUUAAAGAAAAUGUUCCAGGAAAAACAGUUUAGCCCACAAACCGGGUAAAAAGUGACUGUGGUAACUCAGUGAGAAGUAGAUUAAUUGUACUAAUAUCUUCAAGUACACAUUAUUAAGAAUGUUACACUGCUCUCUUGAGUUCCCUUGAAAAUGACACAAUUCACACAGCUGGUGUCCACAUUAGCAUAGUCUCAGCCCAGUUGUAUGAGGUAAUCCCUGCUGAAAAACUAGCAUAGACCAGCAUAGCUGGAUACCAGCAUAGUUGUGUUUUGCUGGUAACCAGCUAUGCUGUCAUGUUUUAGUGGUCAAAGAUUAUUGACAAUACCUUUAAAUUGCUUUACAGUUUUUGUCUGAUGUACCCAUUAGCCUAGAAAUCUAGACAGACAUGAGCCACAGCAAAAUUAUUUUAUUCUGCAUGUUGGGCUUGCCACGCUUCAUAGGAGCCUCAGCAGGCCAGACCAGUCUUGUGGCUUGUCAAUCACAGUGCUUUAUUAAAAUCAUUUGCUGGUUGCCUGUGGGUCCCGGGUCACUGGGUUCUGGGCUCGGCCGGCUUGGGUGCGGGAGACUGCGGGUGGGCCUGUGGGCUUGCCGCUGAUAUCUCCUCGGACUGUUGCCGGCUACUGGUUGUGACCCCCCGGGGCAAUCGUCUGUGCCUCUCGAGAGGGGGCUAGGGCUUUUCUGCUUACAGUCUCCCUGGGGUCCUGCGCUCUGGGGCAGCCCCUGGAUCUCUGGGACUUGGCGCUCCCUCCAUCUCCUACACAUCUUUGGGGGCAGAUCUGUGGCCCCUCACACUCUCUAUUAGACACUUCUAUAGAGAAACCUUACAUAUACAAGCGUGUGAACGCACACAGGUGCUCACAUGGUGCUCUCAAAAGUAUGGGCUUGGGCACGUUCAACACGUCUUAAGGCUGUCGUUGCCACUAAAUGCUCACUCCUCACCCCUGCCACAUGGACCCAAAGAAUAAACCAUCAAACCUGCUCAAUGGUCAACUUUUCUCGCGGGGUCACACUCUUUGGGACAGUGGGAGGUUUAUAAACUGGUCUGAUGAGUCCAGAUGGACUCUGUUCAGAAUCAGAAUCAGAAAAGCUUUAUUGCCAGCACUCCAGCGACCCAGAGCAUAGGAACUUGACUCCGCAGCACAGCCUGACCAAGGUUACACACACAUGUAGACAAAACUGAUACAGGCAGACCACGAGAGCAGCCAUAAGGGCACUUAUUCCGGAGUGAUGGUGCAUCAGGGUAAGAAAAGAGGCAGAUGAAGUGAUGCACCCAUCAUGCCGAGUACCUACUGUACAAGCCUGUGGGGGCAGUGCUAUGAUCUGGGGUUACCAUCAUCAAUGUAAUAUCUUGGUGAAAAAUUAAUGCAACACUGGAUAGGAAUAAAGCUUGUGUCAUUGCAGAAGCUUAUUGAAACAACGCCACAGCGAAUGUGUGCCGUAAUCAAAACUAAAGGUGGUCCAAUAAAAUAGUAGAAAAAAAUGAUGCUCCUGCUUGAGACCAGGAAACCUGGUGGCUCUACCCAGUAGGUUUCUUUGUGAGCCAGAGUUCUUAGUAAAUCCACACUGCAAAUGAUUUUUUGGAUAAUUUAUGUCAACGUGACUGUGAGAUCAUUUCAUGUUGAAGAAACGAUGCAACUUAAACUAUUUAGAGAAAUCUGAAAAUAACUUUUGUGUUUGAUCCCUUGUUUGUACUCAUGUUGUUGUGACAACGGCUCAGCUACUUUGACACCUGAUUCUAGCUGGUGUCUAUACACCUGAUCAACUUAUAGCCAAUGCAAUUUUCAUACAUUGCAGAUUUAUACAUUCACUCUUAACGCUCUGGUUGAGAUUUGAGGGGAAGACGUGGUUAGAGGAACCCUUUCAGGCAUCUGGUAAGCCCUAAAUGUGAAGCCUUGUCUGUUCAUCCACAGCUGGCAUCAAUAAGGCUGGUUCGGUCCUCAAGAGCUCCUCAGCAGCCAAAACCAGAAGCCUAUGUGUACAGAGCAGUCUGGAAUAGCUGAAAAAGUCUGAACGUGAGAGUGGGAAUCAAAUAACAUCUGGAAAAGGGGUCUGUUUGUGUCUCCUGUUUCAGGCGAUUGGAGAACCUCAGGUCAGCCAAAACACUGCAAGCCUUUUAAGGUAAUUUACAGUAUUAUGCUCAUCUAAUAGCCAGCUUAAACCCUAAUCGUGUAUUCUAAUUCCUGGCUUAGGGUGCCUUUGGAUUAGAAGACCAUGUAAUGUAAAGUUAAUCCCAUAUACACUGCACUGAAAAUCCGCGAACAAGCGUUUCUCAUCAUCAGAAAAUUUGCCUCUAAUUAUGUCUCUGGAGAGGAGCUCCAUUCACUCUCAAAGCGAGUUGGUCCAUUCAGGACUGCCGGGGCCACAUGCACGUGGAAUACAGAGUACAUGGACUACUGCUUUCACAUCCAUAUUCAUAAGUUCUAGCUCAUUGAUGCCCUCUUACAUGUUCUUACGUGUUUUUUUUUAUGCUGGCAACAUAAUUAAACCCUAAUAUACCUUUUUAUACCCAGCACAUCUUCCUGAACCAGUGUGAAUUAGUCCACCUUAAGAGCAUUGUGUGUCAAAAAAUCUCACAAAUGCUAGUUAAAAUCCAAACAGAUGGGAUUUUUAUAUUCAUCAUAAAUGUGUUUUUCUAUGUUUACUAAAAUAUUAAUAACUGAUUAAUUAUAAGAAAAAGGGAAAGCAGCAAGCCAAAGACAGAGAAGGAUCGAGGCCACACAGAUCAGACGGAAUGCAAAGAGGCAUAAAAAUAAGGCAGGACUUGGUUUCGUCUACUCUCCAAGCCUGCAGAUUCUCCUCCGAGAUCGAUGAUUGCUCUGCCCUUUUCAAAGCUUCUGCCCGUUGUCUCAUUUCUCACUGCCUUUCUUUGGUCAAAUCUAGAAAUAAGCCUUCGAUUUCACCACCUCUCUUUUCAGAUGCAUGAUGUUCUCGUGUCACUUUAUGGAGCUUUUUAAGAAACCAUUCCAUUUGUGAUCUGAUCCUUUCAUCUGUAAGCAUUACAUCAACUUUUAGACAAUUGCAUGGUAAUCAUAAAUCAGCCUAAUGGGGCAGGCGUGUGAGAGCUAAAGCACCUUUUAAUCCAGAUCUCUAAUGACAGAAUCUCCUGCUGCCAAGCCAACAGUGUGCAGGUGCCCAGCACGUCUCCUUCUCCUUGCACACUGUGCACUUCUGGUUACCGCGCUCUUCUAGCAAGUCCUUAAAGUAUUUUUCUUACUUGGGGUAAAUAAAUCUUCUCCUUCAGGUGCAGUUUUAAUGGGGCACUCAUCCAUUUAAAGAUGCCACGUUUGAAAGCUGAGCUGCUCAGGGAAAAGGCCCAAAAACAUCAUUUUGGUGAUGCAUGGGACUUUAAAGGUUUUUGUACGUUAAGCUGCGGUAAAGUCAGGGAUUUAGCUGCAUGUUUUUAAGUCGGCAGUGAGGGUUUUUACUUUUUUUGAGACACUGGAAGCAUUUUGUGGAUCAGCGCUUUAAAUUUUGAUUGAGGCAAUAAUAUUUGUUUCACACAAAGCAGCAGACACUUUAAUGUCUGUGGCAGCAGAAUAAAAUGGAUGGAACGCACGUGGUUUGGAAGAAACAGCAGAUUUAGCUUUUAAAUAAUUGAAAAGUCAUUUUGCACAGGAGGUAGAUCAGUGUGUGUGGUACAGGAGCACUAGCCGUCAGCAUAUAGAUGCAGAAUUAAAUCUCACUGCCCUAGUAAGCCACUGAGUCAAUGAAGGGUGAAGCCACAUCUGCUAAUGUCACAAACUAGAAGAUACGUUUAGGAAGGGUCUGGUGCAUCUAAUGACCAAAAACAAGCAUCACUUUAGUUUUCAAUUAAACACAAUAUCUAUAUUUUGAUUAAUGAACUGUUCAAAAAGUAUAAAUAAAACAAACAAACAACAAAGACGGUGACAGAUUGUUUGAAACAACUUUGACAUCAACUCUAGUCUUUUCUUUGAGUCAAGAGCAGAUAGAGGUACUUAAGUCCUUCACUUAGAAAACUUAUGAAUUUGGUCUUCAACAGAGUAUGCUGAACCUGAUAACUGACAUUCAUAACGGUGUGUACAUCACACUGUCCAUCAGCAUGUGGAGACAGUUGAAUAACAACCCUAGAGCCCGCCCCACGACUGAGCUUUGUCUGUGGGUCAUGGCCAGACUAUGACCCAAUCCCGAUACUCGCACUGCAGUCUGUAGCGAAGUGCAUUUGGAGGAAGUGCGCAGUAGUGUAGUGUAGUGCAUAAGUGUACAGAUAGUUGCAGAAUUGGGACAGUGACCAUUGCAUCAUCGACCACGAUGCAUGCUUGGAUGCUGCUCGCUGUGCUACUUAAAAAAAAACUUUAAUAACAACUUUCAAACAAGUAUUGACAACAUUUACAUUCAUUGCUGUUCACAUGAAAUGUUCAUCUAAAUUAUUCCGAGCAUUAACAAAUGUCAUCUUAAAAUGAACUUUCGUUUUAAAGUACAUAUUUUCAGAAAAGGGUACUUGAGCCAUCAUUCUGCCUUCUGUUCAAAAUCCCCACACAGCAAUGGAUUGCGGGUAAUACACUUUCCUCAAGUCCGCAUCAAUGCAGAUUUGGGGAAAGUGCAGAUCUAAGGUGCAAAAGAGGCAUGGUCAACUUCCGCACUUGAGAAUUGGGACACCACACACACUCGCACCCCUGGCCUGGAACACACAAUGAAAGGGCGCGAGGGUGGAAGUGCGAGUAUUGGGAUUGGGCCUUUGUAUUCACAUGUAAGGAAUGUUUGCCAGACUAGAAAACACCACAAUUAAUAACAUUUUAUUCCUAACAGCUGUUUGUUUGGAGGAAUAGUCAGGGUAGUAGUAACAAUGCACUGGCACCAUUGAUGAGGUAAAACUGUUCCUGCUCACCACUUCCCUUAAAGUGGAUCUGAUCUGAAAAACCUCCACAUCUUUGGUGCUAAACAGAUUUAGAUUCCUUCAGCUACUUUAAAACCCAGUGAUGUCUUCUGUACCCUGUUUGCUCAGUGAAUUCCCAAAAGUCAAUAUUUGAGGGUCAGUGAAGAAUAUUUGGACUUCAUCAUUAAUGCAUAUGCAUUUCCUGACAUUUCACAAUGCACAGGCAGCUGCUUUGAAUUUUCCCAGGCUGCCAGAUUGGCACAGAUCCUAUCACGGGUCGGAUCUGUUUACCCUUCCUCACACUGGUGCCUUAAAUCGUUUCUGAUCUAGAUUGAUAAUGAGUGAGUGCAAAUUCCCACACUGAAUCUGAAACAUAUUCCAUUGUUUAAAUGAAAAAAAAAAAAAAAAUCACGAACGAUCAUUCAGUGAACGCGUUCGGGCAAAACACUGGUGAUAGUUUCUUGUCCGUUACAACAGAGCGAGGUAUUUGUGGAAACAAAUCCAAUAACAGGGUUGCUUUCAGAUCCUUAACUGUAAAAACUAGUAGUUUUAAAAAAGUAUAAAAACAUAUUCGCUAUGAGGUAUUACUCGUGGGGAGUUAGCUCAAAUUGUACUGGGUGUCAAAUAAUUUGGACUAGGAAAUAAGAGUUAACUUAGGUGGUGACAGGUUCACAUUUACCCCUAAUUAAGUUUAAACCUUUUGGGGGUAACGUCCUGAGAAUUCGUUUUAUUAAAGCAAGUUUCCCCCUGGACCUGAGAGGCAGGUGUUGUCUAAGGUGCAGAUGAAGUUUCACCUGCCUUCUUACGUUUCCUUACUCCAGAUUUUUCUGUUUUGGGAGACAAUUUAGUUCUGCUCUUGUUCAGGUCUUUUAGAGCGUUUAAUUCAGCUUUACGUUUACUGAUUUCUCUAACAGAUGCCUGUUUCUGCUCAGAGCUCAGAGGUUCACUAGUAGAACCCUCUUCCAUCGGCUGAACCAGCAUCUCAACAUCGCUGGUCCUAACUGAUUACUCUGUUCAGUAAUGAUGCUUAACUCCCGUAGAUUGGUCUCAUUUGUGUCAGAUUGUAACUUUUGUCUGGGAAUUUUCUCAGUCUUUGAUAUUUAAGCAACUAGCUCCCUGGAGCUGAGAGGCAGGCGUUGUUGCCUCAGGUCCCCCUCCGCUUCCGGUUGGUAACAAGAUGGCGCCUGUGCUUGGCUUAGCCACAGUCACCGGCCACUUUUUCAAACUUUUCUCCCCUAACCUCCUCUUUUUCACCUUGCUCCUGUCUGCGAUCCUCUUCAGUAGUGUCCCUGCUACCAUCUCCUAUGAUCGCCAGACUCUUUUGUCCUUCCGUUCAUUCACAAUCGCCCAAGAUGCACCGAGGACAUACCUCCCUGUUUGUUUAUCUGAGUGGCGCACUGGCUUGGAGCCAAACAACGAUUUUAACCAGGGCGCCUCCAGCGAUGUUUAUCCAGUCCCGGGAAAACGUUGGAGGAAAAGAGGUAAACGAGCAGGAAACCAGGUGAGAAUGAGGCUUCUCUUAAAGCGUGGUUUAUCUACUAAACAUCGACAUGAUCUUCUAGCUUCUUGUCCUUUGUUUGAAGAAGAAGAAGAAAAUAUCAUUUCUAUAGCACCUCUCAAGAUAAAAAUCAUGAGGUGCUUCACAAAAAAAAGUUAAAAUAUAAAAAAGAAUUUAGAAAAUGGUUAAAAAUAUAUUUAAACUGAGCAAAAAAUAGACAAUUGUGAUUAAAAAAUGUUAAGAAAGAGAGAGAGUGAAUAGGAAAGAGGGAAAUCAGUGGAUCCUGAGGAAGGUGGAAUAGGUGGGGAGAGCAGAAUAAAGAGAGUGUGGUGAAGAAGGUCAUACAAAAGCCAGCUUGAGCAAGUGAGUUUUCGGCUACUUUUUAAAGGAGAACACUGAGUCCACUGAUCUCAGGCUCAGGGGGAGAGAGUUCCAGAGUCUGGGGGCCACAGCAGCAAAUGAUCUGUCACCUUUGGUCUUUAGCCUGGUGCGCUGCACAACCAGUAGGCUUUGAUCACUGGACCUCAGGGACCUGCUGGGGGUGUAGGGACUAAGAAGAUCACCCAUGUAAGAUGGUACUUGUCCAUGUAAGGCCCUAUAGACUAGAACCAGGAUCUUGAAAUUAACCCUGAAGUUGACUGGCAGCCAGUGAAGCUGGAGGAGAAGCGGGGUGAUUUGGGUGUGUUUGGAGGAAUAGGUUAGAAGCCGAGCACAGACAUUCUGAACCACCUGUAGACGGUUCAGGGAGGUUCUGCUCAGACACGUGAAAAGAGAGUUACAGUAAUCUAAGCGUGAGGCUAUGAAGGUGUGAGGCGAUGAAGGUGUGGAUAACUGUCUUAAGUUCAGAGCGGGACAGAAUGGGACUCAGCUUAGCAAUGUUCCUGAGAUGGAAGAAGGAAGAGCGAACAAGAGAACUGACAUGAGAAUCCAGGGUGAGAGCUGGGUCAAAGGUCAUGCCAAGAUUCCUGACGGAAGGUUUUGUGUGAGAAGCAAGCUGACCAAGAGAGUCUCUGACUUUGGGAACCAGCUUGUCUGGGGCACAGAUGAGGAUUUCAGUCUUAUCUUCAUUCAGCUGUAGAAGGUUCCCAGCCAUCCAGGUUUUGAUAGAAUCUAAGCAGGUGUGUAACAGCUGCAGCAUAGAUAUCUCAUGGGGCUUAAAGGAGAUGUACUGUUGGAUGUCAUCUGCAUAAAGAUGGUAGGAGAUUCCUUUGAAGGAGCUCAGGAUGUGCUGAAGAGGGAGCAGAUAGAGGAGGAAGAGCAGAGGCCCCAGCACAGAACCUUGUGGGUCACCAUGGGUAAGGGAGGUGGUGAAGGUCCUAAACUUGGAGACGGCCACAGAAAAGGAGCGCUCAGAAAGAUAAGAGGAGGACCACUCCAGAGCAGUUCCUGAUAGGCCUACCCAGCCUAACUCUUCCUCCUGUGGAACAGUGCUGCUCUGGGUGGCUGCAUGUUGGAGUAGCUCUGUUGACUAUAUGUAAGUUUUACCUUUUCUUGGACAUUUUUUCUUCUAGUUUCUCAAGAAAAACUGUAUUUUUUAGACAUUUUACUUUUCUGUUUCUGGUGCUGUGAAGCUUGGAGGAUUUUUACUACUAUAUUUUCACCUUUUUCACUUUUUGAGCAUUUGUUAUUAUGUUUAACGAUGGCAACAAGCUGGUUUACAAUCGGGAGCAGCUGAUUAACAUUGGGAAGGCUGAAAUAAUAAGUCAACUGAAGCCACAAAUCCCAAAUGAGCUAAAAUGCAGGAAGCGUGGGUGCAGAGCAGGAGCAAAACAGAGACAGAGAAAGAGGAAAUUCAAACCAUCUCUUCCAUCGAUCAUUAUGGGCAAUGUGAGAUCGCUGGCCAACAAGAUGGAUGAACUUCAAGCCCUUUCAAGGACUCAGCUAGAGUAUCGGCAGUGCAGUGUUAUGUGUUUCACGGAGACGUGGCUGCAGGACCAUAUCCCCGAUUCCAGCGUCUCUCUGCCAGGAUUCCUGACUGUACGAGCAGACAGAGAUCUGAAGAGGAGCGGGAAAAGAAAAGGAGGUGGAGUGGCAGUGCUUGUCAACAACAGAUGGUGCCAUCCAUGUCAUGUUUCAGUGAAAUGUCGUCGCUGCAGCCCAGAUGUUGAACUCUUGGCAGUAAGUUGUCGCCCAUAUUAUUUGCCAAGAGAGUUCACCAGUGUUGUCUUGGCAACCAUUUAUAUUCCACCUUCAGCUAUUGCUGAAAAUGCAUGUGAUGCCAUCAGUUCCGUUGUCGCUAAGCUACAGACCCAGCACCCCAAUGCAUUUGUGGCUAUAUCUGGUGAUUUUAAUCAUGCCUCGCUCUCUGCUACACUUCCAACAUUUCAACAGUUUGUCAGCUGCUCCACCAGAGAAAACAAGACAUUGGAUUUGUGUUGUACAAAUGGAAAAAAUGCACAUAUGUCCAAAACAAGACCUCCUCUGGGACAAUCAGAUCACAAUCUUGUUUUUCUCUGCUCAGAAUCCAAACCACUUGUUCAGAGGCAACCUGUGUCAAGAAGAACUGUGAGAAAAUGGUCACAAGAUGCUGAAGAAGCCCUGCAGGUUGUUUUGAGACCACCGAUUGGAUGACUCUCUGCCAAGGAUAUGAAGAAGACAUCAAUGCCAUGACUGGAUGUGUCACUGACUAUAUAAACUUCUGUGUGGACAAUAUCAUACCCACCAGAACAGUGAGAUGCUUUGCUAAUAACAAACCCUGGAUCACCAGUGAACUGAAGACUCUGCUAAAUGAAAAAAAAAGAGCAUUCAAAGAGGGAGACAGGGAAUUAUUGAGGAGUAUACAGAAGCAAAACUGAAGAUCAAGAUCAGAGACAGCAAGGAGGCAUACAGGAAGAAGCUGGAGAAAAAACUACAGAGGAACAAUAUCAGAGAUGUAUGGUCAGGGAUGAAGAAGACCACAGGCUUCAAGCAGAGGAAGGACUGCACAGAUGGCAGCCUGGACACAGCCAAUGAACUGAACAAGUUCUUCAAUAGAUUCAGUUCAGGAACAAUCCCAGCAUCCUCCUCGUCUGUCCCCAGCCAAUCAGACAUCCCAUCCUCCUCUGAUCCAACAUUUUCCUGUCACACGCCAGCUCUUUUGUCCUCUAACGCAGUAAUGGACUCUUCUGGUUCUACAAAUCUGUCUUCAACCAAGCCAGGAGAUGCUGCUGCCCCAUUUACACCCCCCCCCCUCCCCCCAUCUAUCUGUCUCUAGAAGUCAGGUGAAGAGGCGGCUGGAGAGACUGAACAGGAACAAGGCUGCAGGUCCAGAUGGUGUCAGCCCCAGGGUACUGAGGGCCUGUGCAGAGCAGCUCUGUGGGAUUCUGCAGCACCUCUUCAACCUCAGCCUGGCCCAGGAGAAGGUUCCAGUCCUGUGGAAGACAUCCUGCCUUGUUCCAGUUCCAAAGAAAACUCGCCCAUCAGUCAAUGACGACUACAGACCAGUUGCCCUGACAUCCCACAUCAUGAAAGUCCUGGAGAGACUCCUGUUGGUCCACCUGAAUAAACAAACUAGAACAUAUCAGGACCCGCUGCAGUUUGCUUAUUGCCAUGGAGUUGGAGUUGAAGAUGCCAUCAUCCAGCUGCUUCAACCAAUCCACUGUCAUCUGGUCAAAGCAGGCAGCACUGUGAGGGUCAUGCUCUUUGAUUUCUCCAGUGCAUUUAACACAAUUCAGCCUGAUUGACUUUGCCAGAAACUCCAGAAGACACAGGUGGGGGCCUCAAUUAUUGCCUGGAUUAAAGACUACCUGACAAACAGACCACAGUUUGUGAGGCUGAAGAACUGCACAUCAAACCAGGUGAUCAGUAACAUUGGAUCACCACAGGGGACAAUACUCUCACCAUUUCGUUUCACCCUGUACACCUCAGACUUCCAGUACAAAUCAGAGACCUGUCAUCUACAGAAAUACUCAGAUGACUCUGCAGUUGUCGGGUGUAUCAGAGAUGGACAGGAAGCUGAGUACAGAGAGCUGGUGGAGCGCUUUGUGGCAUGGUGUGGAAACAAUCAUCUGACCUCGAAUGUCAACAAAAAAAAGGAGAUGAUUUUAGACUUCAGAAGAAACAGGGUGGAGUCAAACACUGUUUCCAUCAUGGGAGAAGAAGUGGAGGUAGUUGAGCAAUACAAAUACCUUGGAGUUCACCUGGACAACCUGAAAAGACUCAACAAACUAAUAAAAGAGGCUGGUUCUGUUCUGGGGACGACUGUGGAACCACUGGAGGAGAUAAUGCAAAGAAGGAUUCUCCAGAUAAUCAAGAAAAUUAUGGACAACCCUGAGCAUUCUCUUCACAAGACUGUCCGACAACGUAAGAGUGUCUUCAGUCAGAGGCUUCUUCAGUUUCGCUGCAACACUGACCGCUACUGGAGAUCCUUCCUGCCAACAGCCAUUGUACUAUACAAUAACUCCUUGAUGACUUGAUUAUUAUUAUUAUUCUGAGCUACCACAGCAAUCAAUUUCUCUCUGGGAUUAAUAAAGUAUUUUUAAUUCAAUUGAAUUGAAGCAAAAUAAGAAGUUCUAAGGUCCAGUUUACGUUAGAAAACAUCCUAAUACAUUCAACAUUUAUAAUGCAUUUGGUUUAUAUUAAUUACCUUCACAAUAAUACUCUGUAGUAAUGUGUUGUGUACAUUUAACAAGUUCAUUCUGUAGCUUAAAACAUACAUGAAAUGAUCAAAAGUUAGCACAUAAGUCCUGAAAGCUUCUAGAAUAAACAGUUACUUUACCUGAAAACGAUUGUGAACAAACGCUGCAGAUGGAGGUAAAGCUGCUGUAGCUCCUAAAUAUUCCUGCUCGACUUUCGCUUGCUUUAGCAUUUUUCUUUUGCGUGUAGUGGCCGCCACGGCUGUGACGGGACCUAUGGGCCACCACAGAGGUGAUGGCUAGACUGUCCGAAUUCAGAGCCGCUGGGUUCCGGUCUUAGUGAUCGAGCAAGGACCCAGCCUUGCUAGACCAGUGAGGACCCGUACUCGUUAGCAUCCUGCCCGUGGAUUCAGACACACCCAUUGUUCUUCAGAGUCCUUCUAGGACUAGGACUACUACUAGGACUUCUGUUUCCAUGGAAACUAAAGGCUUGUCUGGAAUCUUCUGGAACCUAGUAAAAAGCAGUAGUAGUGCUACAAAUUCCCAUGCUGCUAAGGGACCUGCUGCUGCAGACAUUGAUGCAGCUAGAUCGGCUGCGUGUACCCCCACAAAUUAUACAUCAAAAUGGGUGGCUUGGCCAUGGGAGGAGUGCUGUUACUUUUCUAAACAAUCCGAUUUGCCAUUGCAAAAAUAUUAGCAAGAAACUUCCAAAAUUUCCUCAAUUUUGGGCAGCUUGAGCUACACUUUCAACGUUUGAGUGUGUGAAUUUUUUUACAUUUGCAUAAAAACUAUCUUGUGCCAGGUGGCAGGUCCCUUUUAAAAAUUUCUUCAGGAAUGAAAUUUAAUUUUAUUUUAUUUUAUUUUAUUUUAUUUGACGUAUAUUCCAUCCAUUGUAUCCUCUCUGGCUUUGAUACGGCAUGUGUAAGCAGAGAGCCUCCGUCACAGAUUCUGUCAGAGUCAUUGCUCUUAAUCUCCUGCUUUGCUUCUCAUCUCUGCAGCCAUUAAUGGGUGGAACAAAAUACCCCGUCUCCUCCUCAGGAUAUUGCUGCUUGUACAGCUAAUCAGGUUGGAAUGACUGCUCUACUGUAUAUGUGUAUGUGCAGGAAUAUCUACACUAGGACAACCUGUCAGCAUGUAACUUGAACAUCUUUGGUUUUUAUGUUUUUUCUGUUCAGAUUAUCAAAUGCCCAAUGUAUGCAUGUCCUAUCUUCAGCAACAGCCAGCUUCUUUUGGACACCGAUAAGUGUAGCUUAGGAAAUGUGCAUCUUCACAGGUUUGCCUGGAUGUCUGAGGCUAAUAAACAUCAUAAGCCAGUCCCUGUUGGUUGCAUUGCCUCAGUUUACAGAUAAAGUGGCGGAACUGAACACCACAAAUAAACUUAGCUUUAUAUGCCAUCUAUUCUAUAAAGUUUUGGGCCCAAACUCAAUUUGUAACCCAGAAAGCUAGAAGUAGUCAUGUUUGUUUGCACACAGCUCUACCUAGAGCUACACCUUUUUUCAAGUUUGGGUUCAAGGUACUAUAUACUUGAGUCUUUCAGAUGCAUCAUUUACAGUUGCAUUAUUGAAAGCUAGGACUCAAGGCUCUGAAAUAAAAACUCAAUUCCAAACCCUGUGAGAUCCUGCUAGUUUACCCCAGAUGAGGAGCUAUUCCUUUUACAGCUGUAUACACAAAAGUGUAACAGCAUUUUUCAUCAGUGUUCGAAAAUGUCUUUCAUAAUUUGGGAUUUGGUGGUUUAUGCAGAGGUCACCACUGGCCAUUAGGGUGUGCUGUGAUCAAACCUCGAGGGAAAAGGGUGUUUUCAGGGAUGUGCCUGAAGUCACGUACAUGUGACUAUCCCUCACUGUACAUACUGCUGCUUCUCAUUUGUAUUGCUGCUGCUCAACCAUCACACUGCUGUCUAUCCAUGCUACUGUUCGACUUGUAUCUGAAAACAAAACCUCCAUGUACAUCUGUGGUUGAGGAUUCAGGUGUGGACGAAGAUGAUUCGCCAUCACAGCUGCAAGAUUCUUCUGAUGAAGAGCCAUCCACCAUCAGCAGCAAUAGACAAUGUUAGAGACAGGAUGCUGCUGGAGAUGCUCCACAUCUUCUGGACCCAGGUACCGUCGACCCACGACACCCAGAUUUAUCCCCAGAACAACCCCUGGCUAUCAGCUACCUCUCACCACCAGCUCCACAAACAAAACAACAAGAAGUAGCAGAAGGGGGCCAUGAAACAUCAACCAUUUCAUGAGCAGCAGUGUGCCCAGGAUGAAAACCCUCCAGUGACCUCUGCUCAAGGUCAAAUCCCAGUCCCCUGGACCAGUGGAGAAGGAAUGGACAAAGCACAGAAGGCAAGUCAGGGGUGAAACAGGUACACUCUGUGCAAAAUAAAUAAUAAAAAAAUCAACUACUCCCUGGAUGUGCAAAGAGUACAAUAAAUAGUUUAGUCUGCAGCAGGACAAGAACGGCUCUGCAGAAUACCACAGCAGCUAAAAACACCUGAACAUUGAGAGACAAUAUCUACGGAAACUCAGACACUGAAAGUUGUAUAUGUAAAUAAAUCAAUACAAGGUUGUAAAACA